CUAGGACGGGCCAGAGGUCGCUGCACAAUGUUUACGCUUGAAGUUUUGAAAAAAAGUGGUCUUGGAAUGAAAAGUGUUUGUCUGAGAGGCAGACAAGCUCUGUCUGUGUUAAAUGUCAGAACACAACAUACCCACGCUCAACAUGGCAACACACAGGCGUCAUUUCGCCCAGAGACCUCCACUGCUAAAACCUUAAUGGACAUUGGCACCCGUCGCAUCUUCUCAGAGGAGCACGACCUUUUUCGCCAAAGCGUUCGACGCUUUUUCCAGGAGGAGGUGGUUCCCUACCAUUCUCAGUGGGAGAAAGCUGGAGAGGUGAGCAGAGAUGUGUGGGAGAAGGCUGGGCAGCAGGGACUGUUAGGAGUCUUCACUCCAGAGGAGCAUGGUGGGAUUGGAGGAGACCUGCUGUCUGCUGCGGUGGUUUGGGAGGAGCAAAUGUACUGUAACUGCUCUGGCCCAGGAUUUUCCCUGCACUCAGAGAUUGUCAUGCCUUACAUCAGUCACUAUGGCACCAAGAGACAGAUAGACCGUUACAUCCCUCACAUGACAGCUGGGAAAUGCAUUGGAGCCAUAGCCAUGACAGAGCCAGGUGCAGGCAGUGACAUCCAAGGCGUGAAGACAUAUGCAAGGAAAGAUGGCAGUGAUUGGAUCCUCAAUGGAAACAAGGUGUUCAUAUCGAAUGGCUGGAUGAGUGAUUUGGUCGUGGUGGUGGCUGUGACAAACCGUGACGCAAAGACUGCUGCUCAUGGAAUCAGCCUGUUCCUGGUCGAGAACGGGACCCAGGGCUUCCACAAAGGCCGCAAACUCGAGAAGAUCGGCCUCAAAGCUCAGGAUACAGCUGAGUUGUUCUUCGAAGAUGUCCGUCUGCCUGCAGAUGCCCUCUUAGGUCAGGUCAACAAAGGCUUCUAUUACCUCAUGAAUGAACUUCCUCAGGAAAGACUUAUAAUUGCUGUUAUGGCCAUUGCCAGCUGUGAAUUCAUGUUUGAGGAAACUAGGAACUACGUCACCCAGAGGAAGGCCUUUGGAAAGACCAUUUCCCACCUACAGACAGUGCAGCACAAACUUGCUGAGCUGAAGACUGAGAUCUGUGUGGGCAGGGCUUUUAUCGACAGCUGUCUGCAGCUCCACGCUGAGAAACGCCUGGAUUCUUCCACUGCUUCCAUGGCCAAAUGCUGGGCUUCUGACCUCCAGAACAAGGUGGCCUCCCAGUGCCUACAGCUGCAUGGAGGCUGGGGCUACAUGUGGGAGUACCCCAUCGCCAAGGCUUUUGUGGACUCGCGUAUUCAGCCCAUCUACGGUGGCACAAAUGAAAUCAUGAAGGAGCUGAUCGCCCGCAGCAUUGUUGGUCCUAAUUAGGGUCAGGGUCAGGGUUAGGGGUUAGGGGUUAGGGGUUACGGUCAGGGGAAAGUCCAGACCUGAAUCCCUGUGGCCGGUGUGCCAGCCGUAUCGGCCAUGUCAGAAGAGAGUUCCAUCCGUGCCUUUUAGAAUUUCUCCUCAGUCUUUUACAUGAGCAGAGUUGUGAGUUAGUGUAGCGACAACUUUCAAAUCAGUUAAAUGGUCUUUUAUAGACUGUUUGCUUUUUGGUUCAGCCAGCCUUUGAUGAGUAUUUGAAAUGCUUUUUUUAGUUUGUUUAUACGCAGACACAUGACUGUGUGAAAGGCCAUAGAUGUAAGGGUUUUGCUUUUAUUCAUUUGACAUUUACAAUUUUGUUAUGAUUGCUUACACACUUGUUGCAGAAUUUCGCUAGUUGUGUCAA